UUCAACCUGCAGGUUAUUUCCUGGAGAGUCUCGAGCAAUGAGCAGCCAACUGGUGCUGCCGCUGCCGGCUGCGCCAGCAGCGAAACCUCCGUCUAUCCCCUCCACCGCCACUACCACCACCCUUCCUACUGCUGCCGACGGAACCACCACCAUAUCCUCGCUCGGCCAAGACCAGCUCCUCGAAAUCUUCCUCCGCCUGCCGAGCUUGCCGGCCCUCGUCCGUGCCGCGCUCACUUGCCGCUCGUGGCUCGACGCCAUCCGCUCCUCCCGGUCCUUCCGCAGCCUCUUCCGUGCCCUCCACCUGGCACCCCUCAUCGGGAUCUUCCUCCAAAUCGAGGGCGGCACAGCCCCCUCCUUUGCCCCCGUCCGCCGCUCAGAUCCCGUCGUCACCGCUGCACUCCGCCGCGGCGACUUCUUCCUCACCUCUCUCCCUGCGGGCUGCUGGAGCAUCAUGGACUGCCGCGACGGUUACAUCCUCCUGUCGAACAUGGUGUCUGUCGCUGUCGUGAACCCCAUGACCUGGGCCGUGGAUAUCAUCCCGAUGCCCGAGCAUGCUAUGGAAGGGACAUCAUCCUGGUUCCAUCUGCUGUCUUCAGAGGAGAACCCCUGGUCAUUCCGCGUGGUCUGUGUGUGCGCGCACGUGUCUAGGGUUCGUGCGGCCGUAUUCUCGUCGGAAACGGAGGAUUGGGUGAUCCACCCCUGGACGGAAAUCGAUGGUGUAAUAUACCUGAAUGACAGUGGUUUCACGCUGGUGGGUGGUUCUUUUUAUCGGCCUCUCUAUGGCAAAGGACGUGUGAUCAGGAUAAACACAGCCACCAUGGAUGUCUCCUCUCUGUAUCUCCCCUCGCAGGCAAAGGAAGGUGUUCCCAAGGUUGGUGGUGAUACCGAGGAUGGAAAACUCUGCAUGGUCUAUGCAACUGAAGAUUUCCUUCUCCUUGUUUGGAUCCGCAGCGGGGACGGUGAUGGAGUUGAGAGUUGGGUGCUGCAAGAAAUUAUCUGUUUGAGGGCAGAAAUGGAUCAGAUCACUACUACACCCUGGCAGUGGGAGGGCCAAGUCGAAGUUGUGCAAGUUAGGUUUGGAUGCGUGUACUUGUGCAUGACAAGCAUAACCGCUGCCGGCACAGCGCAGCUCGUUCUUCUACCUUUCAUUGGAGACCAUGGAGAUUGAGCUUCUGAUCCACGGCACAUCUGGUGACUCUGCCUAUCCGUAUAUUAUGGCUUGGCCUCCUUGUUUGGUUGGUGAUGACAGGAGGACUGAACAUGAGGUUGAAGGAUCCUGCAGCUGUUUGCUGAAGUCCAGUAACUCCACCAAGCAGAAGCGCAAGUCCUCGAGCCUGAAGGAGACGAGCCCCGUCGGCCUGGCCAUGGAUUUCAACAGUGUGGACGUGGUGAGGCAGCCGCUGUCGCCCUUGCAGCCAAAGUCUCCAGACUGCAGGGUGCACAAGAAGUGAAGCCGGUCCUGACAUUCUCUUGUGGAUGGCUUGCAGUGAAGUAAACUGAACAUCCAUCCCUUAGCUAGGCAUCGUCCAGGGCUGUGGCUUGCACUGAAGUUGGCCUGAUGGAUCUUGUUGGUAGAACCUCGUCAGUCAUAUGUAGUCUGCACUUUCCAUUUUCUUCGUCCGCUUGUCUUGGUAGCUGCCUGUGUCUAUCAUGAUCCUUUGAUGAGAAAAAUUAGGAGUAUUAUUAUCUUAGUAGUUUCGUGUCUGUGAUGAGCAUGUAAGAGACUGUUAUGGUAGCGCUAGCUAAUUUGACCCUUAUCUUGGCCAGUUGGUCAUGUCUCUGUAUCA